GUUGACUGCGAGGUGACCGUGAAAUACUAACUUGUGAGCAUCCGUCUGCGCCAUUUACCUUUUUUUCCCGCUACGCCUGCCGUUACCAUGUUGGUUCCAUUCCAGAAUUGUUGCGCCGUUUUGCUUUUGUGGUCGAGUCUGGCGGUGAAAGAUACGGCAGCCUUUGCACCACCUCGUCCGCAGCGCUCGCCCUCCGCCCUCUACGUCCAUGUGCCUCCUCCACCUCUGGUGGUGGUUGUGCCGUCGGACUUGUCAACAGUGGCGGCAGGCAGCACAGUCGACGCGGUUACCUACGGAAUCGACAAUUAUUUGCAACGUCCGUCCGUUGCUUUGUCCUCAUCCAGUUCUACUACCCUGCUAUCUCUGGAAGAACGCAAGCCCCCCACUGCGGAAGAGAUUGCCGCUAAGAAACGUAACUUCAACUUGUUUUUCUGGGGCGGUGGCUUCGUCGCGCCCUUCUUGGCCACCUUCUACUACUUUGGUUUUAAAUUUUGGGAAAAGUAAAGCGGAAUCUCUGCCUACUUUUAUCUCAACAAGGACAGCCAGCACUAACUGUUAACCAUUAUACCUAAACGAAAGCUAUCGAAUGGG